UGGAGAGGGAGGGGAGAAAGAGAGAGCAGCAGCAGCAGCAGCAGCGGCGGCGGGCAAGCCACCAGCCCUGAAACCUAGAAAUAAAGGCGAACUUAGCUUACAUGCGUAACAAUAAUUCACUGUGGUCCACGGUAGUUCGCAACAUACGUUUUUUCUGGGAACUUGGUUGACAGGAACCGGGACGUUUGUGGGAUGUAUUUUUGACGUGCUGGAGAAAACUCUCAAGAAAAGAAAACAACAACAACACUGGAAGAAAAAAAAAAAAAAAAAAAAGACAGACGAGGGUUACACACAACAGUGACAAUAAAACAACACUCCCCGACAAGUGGUCCGCCUGGUGCCGUGGGUAAAGUCCGAGCAGAUAAAACAGGAAAUAUUGGUGAUUUAACAUUAUUUUUUUUGUUAACGUUACUAUAGUUAGUUUACACGAGAGUAUUUGUUGUGAACUUUUAACUCAGGAAACGAUGAAGACAUAGCGAGGAAGAACUCAUCAAGUGUCUCGGGAGCUGCUUAGCGUUAGCUGGGCUAGUAAGCUAAGUUAGCUUGGCGGCUAACGUUAGCUGGGGCUUAGCUGAACGCGUUUUUUUUUUUUGAGAAACUUUUGUUGUUGUCUCUCCAGAAGCCCAAAACACUGACGGAGUGUUGUAAGAACAGAGGGGAAGGGCAGGUUCCCUUCUGGACUUUUUCCCCUCUACGUAUUUGGUGAAUAUGAUGGCUGCGGAGGUCAGCAGUGAGGAUACGGGCUCGGUCACCGCGGGGACAGGGGUGGCAGGCGGAGGAGGCCCGGAGACGGCCCCUUUCCCCUACUAUCCCAAACCGAGCAGAGUGCGUGUGACCGACUUGGGACAAGGACCGACACCGGCCCUCCGUCAAAAUUCAAACACCUCUCCGGACUCGCUUCCUGACAUGAGUAUGGUCUAUCCCGUGUCUGGCGGGGACGUGACCGGGCCAGUGCUGUCCGCUACAGGGAGUGGCGGAGCAGGAGGUGGACACUCAGCUUUCCAAGGAACAACCUCAGGGACCGUGGGCAGCGUUUGCAGCUCUCCCACUUCGGAGGGUCCAGUAAGUCGGAUUUCACCCACAUCAACAGGCCCGGAUGGACCCACUGCCUUCCCCCCACUGCCUCCACCACCUCCUCCCCCACCAGGCUGUGGGGGGCUCAGUGGCACUGUGGAUGAGAGCGACUUGCAGGAUGGACCGGAAUACGAAGAAGAAGAGGUGGUAUUCCCCCUCUCUGCACCUCCUACGAACCAGUGGUACCAUGGCAAGCUAGACCGAACCAUUGCUGAGGAGCGGCUCCGCCAGGCCCGGACCCCUGGCAGCUACCUCAUCAGGGAGAGUGACCGCCGGCCCGGUUCCUUUGUCCUGUCUUUCCUCAGUUUGACCAACGUGGUCAACCAUUUCAGGAUAAUCGCCAUGUGCGGGGACUAUUACAUCGGUGGCAGGCGGUUUUCUUCUCUAUCAGAUCUGAUUGGUUACUACAGCUACGUGUCAUGUCUGCUAAAAGGAGAGAAACUGCUAUCACCAGUGGCGCCCCCAGAGCCUGUAGAAGACAGGAGGAGAGUCAGGGCCAUACUUCCAUACACCAAAGUGCCAGAUACUGAUGAGAUCAGCUUCCUGAAAGGGGACAUGUUUAUUGUUCACAAUGAACUGGAUGAUGGCUGGAUGUGGGUGACUAACGUUCGCACAGAGGAACAGGGCCUCAUUGUAGAGGAUCUGGUCGAGGAGGUGGGACGGGAGGAGGAUCCACACGAGGGAAAAGUCUGGUAUCACGGAAAGAUCACCAAACAAGAGGCCUAUAACCUGCUGAUGACAGGUACUGCUGAGCCUGCACCAAAACCUUCCUCUCCCACUCCCCCCUCUCGCCUCACAGUCGGCCAGGUGUGCAGUUUUCUAGUGCGACCAUCAGACAACACACCUGGGGACUACUCCCUCUUUUUUCGUACCAAUGAAAACAUCCAAAGGUUUAAGAUCUCCCCUACACCCAACAAUCAGUACAUGAUGGGGGGGAGGUACUACAAUAGCGUUGAUGACAUCAUCGACCAUUACAAGAAAGAACAGAUUGUCGAGGGCUACAACUUGAAAGAUCCAGUUUCAGUGCAGCACCAGGAACAAGUUCUUGCUGACACAGUGGAUGGGAGAGAAAUUUAUAACACUAUCAGACGGAAAACAAAAGACGCUUUCUACAAAAACAUUGUCAAGAAAGGCUACCUCAUGUUCAACAAAGGCAAAGGCAAAAGAUGGAAGAACCUUUAUUUCAUCCUGGAGGGAAACGAUGCUCAGCUCAUCUACUUUGAGAGCGAGAAGAGAGCCACCAAACCCAAAGGGCUGAUAGACCUUAGCGUGUGCUCUGUGUACGGUGUGCAUGACAGUCUGUUUGGCAGGCCAAACUGUUUCCAGAUUGUUGUCCAGCAUUUUAGCGAGGAACAGUACAUAUUUUACUUUGCCGGGGAGGCUCCAGAGCAGGCACAGGAUUGGAUGAAAUGCCUUCAAACCUUCUGCAGUAACUUAAGAAAAACCACUCAGCCAACCACCAACAAGAGACUCAGACAGGUGAGCAGCCUUGUGCUGUAUGUGGAGGAAGCCCACAAGCUGCCAGUGAAAUAUUUCAACAGCCCCUACUGUAACAUCUACCUGAAUAGCGUCCAGGUGGCUAAGACGCACCCAAGGGAGGGGCAGAACCCUGUUUUCACUGAGGAGUUCAUCUUUGAUGACUUGUCGAGUGAAAUCAACAGAUUUGAAAUCAGCCUGAGCAACAAAACAAAAAAGAGCAAAGAAAGUGACAUCUUGUUCAUGCGCUGCCAGUUAAACCGUCUGGUGAAGGGCCAGAUGAUUGAUGAGUGGUUCCCUCUCAGCUCACAUGUGCCUCUGAAGGGCAUCGAGCCGGGCUCCUUGCGGGUACGCGCCAGGUACUCCAUGGAGAAGAUCAUGCCCGAAGAGGAGUACAGCGAAUUCAAAGAGAUGAUUUUGCAGAAAGAGUUCCAUGUCAUCUACGCUCUGGCCCACGUGUGCGGUCAGGACCGCACCUUGUUGGCAAGCCUCCUCCUGCGGAUCUUCAGACACGAGAAGGCUGAGGCUCCUCUACUCAGGACUCUCAACGACAGAGAGAUUAACAUGGAGGAUGAGGCCACAACGUUGUUCAGAGCGACCACGCUGGCCAGCACACUGAUGGAGCAGUACAUGAAAGCCACAGCCACACCUUUCGUUCACCAUGCUCUCAAAGAAUCCAUCCUGAAGAUCAUGGAGAGCAAACAGUCCUGUGAGCUGAAUCCUUCUAAACUGGAAAAGAAUGAGGACGUGAACUUGAACCUGGCUCAUCUCCUCAACAUCCUGUCUGAGCUGGUGGAGAAGAUCUUCAUGGCUGCUGAGAUCCUGCCCCCGACAUUGAGGUUCAUCUACGGCUGUCUGCAAAAGUCUGUGCAGCAGAAAUGGCCCACCAACACCACCAUGCGCACGAGGGUUGUAAGCGGCUUUGUCUUUCUAAGACUGAUCUGUCCAGCAAUCCUCAACCCAAGAAUGUUCAACAUCAUAGCUGACCCUCCAUCCUCAGCAGCAGGCAGGACCCUCACACUGGUGGCUAAGUCUGUCCAGAACCUGGCCAACCUGGUUGAAUUUGGUGCAAAGGAACCCUACAUGGAGGGUGUGAACCCUUUCAUCAAAAACAACAAACACAGGAUGAUCAUGUUUCUGGAUGAAUUAGGGAACGUCCCUGACCUCCCUGAAGCCACAGAGCACUUUAGGACAGAUCUGUCCCGCGACCUGGCUGCGCUGCACGAGCUCUGCGGCACGCACUCAGACGAGCUCCGGACGCUGAGCAACGAGAGGGGAGCACAGCAGCAUGUGUUGAAAAAGCUGCUGGCCAUCACAGAGCUCCUCCAGCAGAAGCAGGCUCAGUACGCCAUGUCCAACAGCAACAGGUAGUACUGCACUCCUCCUCCUACUUCCAUCAUCCCAUCAUCCGUCAAGUCUCCUCCACCGGAGUGCAGCACAGGGGAGACCUAGCAUGCUCUACCCUCAUCACCAUGGCAACCCCUCCACUGCCACCACCCUCCAUUAUGUCCUCCUCCGAUAGUCCCGCCCAUCCCCAUCCACCUGCCAUCUUGUCCCGUUCACCACAAGCGAGCUAUGCAACAACAGCAGACGAGUGAAACAGCCGACGCAGUACUUACAAAGAAAAAAAAAAAACUUUUACCAGUGACUGACAGCUGUAUUUACAGAAACAGAUUUUUUUUUUUUCCCCUCACAAACUCUUCAGACUUUGGGUACAUUUCAUUCCCUUUGUCACGAGGGCCAUAUACAAAGAUUUUAAGAGGUGUCUUUGUACCCGAGGUGUGUUUUGACAGCACAGGUUGCCAAAGUGUAUCCCCCACUUCCUGCUCAAUAUGAGGAAACUGACAUGGAGAAGCUAGUUCUCAGUCCUCCUUUUCUUGUAACUGGAUUAUGAGCAAUUAUGCUUUUUAUACUGUAAUUGACUGAUUUAUUUUAAGGUUGUGACAAUAUCCGCAAAGAGCUGAAAGGAGCAUUUCUAUCUAUUUUGUUCUUUUGUUUUUCCUUUGUUUUCUAGAUUGGAACAAAGUCUUUCAGAAAAGUAUGGUUAUUUUAUAUUAAGAAUAAAUUCUCUUGCUGGAAUCAUGAGUAUAUAAAUGAGACAAACUGAAUUUUUUUUCUCUCAGAUGUAUCAGCUAUUUUGAUUAUUUGGUAAGUUCUUUUGAAACCUCUCAAUGCCAGGCAAGACACAUAAUCAGAGAAACCAAGUAAAAAAAAAACUAAGUGUUUACAGCAGAAAUCUUUUUAAUAGUACAGACUGUAUCGGACAUGCAUGCACUUAUUAAACAGUUUUUUUUUUUAAAGUA